AUGGUAUUGUGCAGCUAUCCUUCUGUAGCUAGUUCAGGUUCGCCGCUUACUUCUUCCAAGAAUGACGAUGCUCAUUGCAACUCACCGUCUGUUGCCCUCUCCAUUGUGAGCACCACAGAGGUUCCAUAUUGCCCAAAAUGUGCAGAUGGUGUUUUAAAACCGGAUGUUGUCUUUUUUGGGGAGAACCUCCCACCGGAACGCAAAAUCAAAGCCGCAUCUUGGAUUGACAAUGCGGAUUUGCUGCUUUGUUUGGGCACAUCAUUGCAGACAUUUUCGUCCUAUCGGCUACUGCUGCAAGCGCACGCGACCGGAACACCGAUUGUGAUCGUUAAUGUUGGUCCUACGCGUGGGGACUCGCUCUCUUCGCUCAUCCUGAACUCGGGCAUCUCGGACACCUUAAGGCUCGUGCAUUCACUGAUUGUUUGA